AUGAGCUCGGCUAUCUCAAAUCCUAGCGAACACCUCGAUGGAGAAGGAGUCGCAGAUCAGCUCAUCCCGGCGACACUGAAGUUCGUCGUCACAAAUCUACGCACGCUGGUACAUUUGCAACUCCAGGAGGAUAAUUACUCUCUAUGGAGAGCACAUAUAGAAAAAAUAUUCAGAGCAAACCGGUUCGAGAAAUUUCUUGAACCCUCUCUGUUUUCAUCUUCAUCUGAUUCGUCUUCUACCCCAAAUUCCCAAUCAUCCCAAUGGAUUUUAAUGGACCAAAACCUAGCCGCUGCCCUUUGCUCAACCAUAUCCACAUCUAUUCUCCCAUAUGUAGUUAAUCUUGAAUCCACAGCUGAAAUUUGGUCCACACUUGAAACACGGUUUCAAUCUUCAAACAUAUCCAAAUUUAUUCAGUUGAAAAAUUCGCUCCAUAACAUUGCCCUCAAGAAUCAAUCGGUUACACAGUACCUGACCGAGAUCAAGACUCUUGUCGAUCAAAUCUCCGCAUCCGAUUCUUCGGUUGAUAAUGAGGACGUGAUUCUUUACAUCCUCAACGGAUUACCUCAAUCCUAUCAAUCUUUUAAAACUGCUAUACGGACUAUGCUAAAUCCCAUUUCUCUGGAUCAAUUGUAUCCUCUUCUCCUAAGUGAGGAGAUCAAUAUUGCAGCUGAUACGGUUAGAUCUGCUCCACCUAAUGAUCCGCAAACCGCUCUUUUCGUGCCAAGAAAUCACGGCAGAAGAGCACGUGGACGUACAACACCUCUACAAGAUCUCAGCCCAACCCCAAUGCUAAUUUUAUUUGUCAGAUAUGCUCAAAAAGAGGUCACACGGCGACAACCUGCUGGCAUCGACUUGAUCAAAACUAUGGUCAGUCUCAUACCACGGAUGCUCACCGAGCAUUAG